CGUAACCUCCUCCAGUCCGUCCUCCUCACUGAGUUCACUCUAUCCAUCUCUUCUUUGCCCCCAAUUCCUUUUUCCAGUAAGUUGCUCCGCGCGUCGAAGCCAAGGCUGGUGGUUGACGCCGCAGAUCAGGAAUCAGGACCACCACCCAAUCGAUUAUACAAAAGCGAAAGCAAAGACAGUUCUAAAGCUAUUAACAAACAGGUUAAAAGUUUCCUUUUAGGGAUUCCAAUCCAGACUGGAUAUCAUCUUAUUCUAUUCCAAAUCAAGGGUUAGGGUUUCAACUACUUAACCUCCCUCCCUCUUGUAGGAAUCAGAAUCAGAAUCAACAAACAGUUGUAGUUGAAGGAAUAAUCAAUGGCUUCUAGUAAUAAUAGUGGUCAAGUGGGAAUGGAUAGUGGUGUACUUGACGACAUCAUAAAUCGGUUACUCGAAGUCAGAUCGUCUAAACCAGGUAAACAAGUUCAGUUAUCCGAGUCUGAGAUUCGUCAGCUUUGUAUUGCUUCCAGAGAGAUUUUCCUUCAACAACCUAAUCUACUCGAACUCGAAGCUCCUAUCAAGAUCUGCGGUGACAUUCAUGGACAAUACGGUGAUCUAUUGAGGUUAUUCGAGUACGGCGGCUUACCACCGCAAUCGAAUUACUUGUUCUUAGGGGAUUAUGUGGACCGUGGGAGGCAGAGUCUCGAAACGAUAUGUUUAUUGCUUGCUUACAAAAUUAAAUACCCUGAGAACUUCUUUUUACUGAGAGGAAAUCACGAAUGUGCUUCGAUUAAUAGGAUUUAUGGUUUCUAUGAUGAGUGUAAGCGCAGAUUUAAUGUUAGGCUAUGGAAAACGUUUACCGACUGUUUUAACUGUUUGCCUGUGUCGGCUGUUAUUGACGACAAGAUAUUGUGUAUGCAUGGUGGUAUUUCGCCUGAUUUGAAUAAUUUGGAUCAGAUUAGGAAUUUGCCUAGGCCGACUGAUGUACCGGAUACCGGGUUGUUGUGUGAUUUGUUGUGGUCUGAUCCUGGUAGAGAUGUGAAAGGGUGGGGAAUGAAUGAUAGGGGUGUUUCAUAUACGUUUGGUCCUGAUAAGUGUGCCGAGUUUUUGACUAAGCAGGAUUUGGACCUUGUCUGUCGUGCCCAUCAGGUUGUAGAGGAUGGGUAUGAGUUCUUUGCAGACAGGCAGCUUGUUACAAUAUUCUCUGCGCCCAACUACUGCGGGGAAUUUGAUAAUGCUGGUGCCAUGAUGAGUGUUGAUGAAAACUUAAUGUGCUCGUUUCAAAUUCUCAAGCCUGCAGAAAGAAGGACAAGGUCCAUGAUGUCUACGAGUAUAUUAUGACCGCAGCUGUCGACACUUCAUAAAGUUGCAGAGUCUUAUUCGUUGCAGCCAUGGGACAGAAUCCACUGAAAAUAGAAGAGUAGAGUUCAAGAUAAGCUAUUUCAGGGAGAGAUGAUGAUAGUGGUGCUUCUUCUGGUGUUCACUAUCUGAUGGAUUUCAGCUAUUACGUAGAAUGUAUAACUGUAGUUGGUCCACAGGGUGGGGGCAAGUUUCGUUUUGCUGGUGCUAGUGUUCCUGGAUCUUUCUUUUUCUUGUUUAUUUUGGGAUGGGACAGAUGGUUUCUUAAUUUACUUUUUGAAAUUGUACCCAGGGGUGGUGAUUCCGGGGUUGUGGGGUGCUCAUGUAAAUACAUUUUGGUCUUGUGAAUGGCCAUAUAUUUGUAGUAGGUUCUGAACCCCCAAGAAACAGACUUGUUUGUUUUUUCAUA